AUGGCUAUAUACUUUUUGGGAUGGGAAUUGGAAGUUUUAGAAGAAAGAGUAAGGCUUAUUGAGAGACGGUUAGAAAGAAGAACAUUACGCGAUACACAAAAUCCUUACGAACUACCGAGAAGUGAGUUUAUGGACAUAUUUCGCCUAAGUCCCGAAUUAUCUAUGGACUUAACAAAUAAUCUUCGGCCGUUUCUUAAACGGGAUCGCAAUUCUGGAAUCCCAGUGGAAAUUCAAGUAUUAGUUGCAGUGUACUUUUAUGCUAAAGGAAGCUAUCAACGUGCUACUGGCGAUCAUUUUGAUUUGAAUGUUAGCCAGCCAUCAGUGAGUAGGUGCUUGCAUGCUGUCACUGAUGCUAUAAACAAUACGCUGUUACGGAAAUGGGUCAAAUUUCCUAUGACACUUAUAGAAAGAAAUAAUGCCCGCGAACAAUUUAGUAAUGCACCACAGCCAUUUGAAGGUGCCAUUGGGGCUAUAGAUUGUACAUUUAUUAAUAUUCUGGCGCCUAAGGUACAUGAAGAAGCUUUUGUUAACCAUCAUGGUAAUCACUCAUUGAACGUUCAAGCAAUAGUAAGUCCAAAACUAAAAAUAUUGAAUAUAAAUGCCAGAUAUCCAGGAGCCAGAAAUGAUUCCUACAUAUGGAGCACUUCUCCUAUUCGUCGUGCCAUGGAAUACCAUUAUAAUAAUGGUGAACGCCACACUUGGCUUAUUGGUGAUUCUGGCUACCCAUUAGAGCCUUGGCUCAUGACGCCUUUACCUCACUACAGAGAAGGCACGAGACAGUUCAAAUACACAAUUAAACACUGCAAAGCUAGAAAUGUUGUGGAGAGAUUUUUUGGAGUUUUUAAAAGUGUAUGGAGGUGCUUGUCAUAUCAACGUGUAUUAAUGUAUUCACCUGAAAUGGCAGGUAAAAUUGUAAAUGCAUGUGCUGUCCUUCAUAACAUGAGAAUUCAUUACCGUGUGCCAGUAGAAGAGGAAAAUAUUGACAACUGGAUUAAUGAUGAUUAUGGUGUAAGACAUUUAGAAGAUAAUGAAAUGAUGGAGAGAGGUGGACCUAGAGCUGUAGCAAUGCGGAUUCAAAAGCAAAUCAUGCAGAAUUGGUUUCCUGAUUAUAUUGAUGGUGAUUUAUGA